UCUGCUAUGUGCACAAAGAAGAAGAAGAUCAGUUUGACUACCUGGGAUCUUUGCUCGGGCCUGCUGCAGGCCCCCGGCUGUUUGACUGUCUGAGCCUGUGAUUCAGAAAACAAGCACAUCUGGAGGGCACCACACAACACUGGCAUGUAUGAGGGCAGAACUAACUGCCAUGAACUGCAUCAUACCCUACUGUGCUGGUGCCAUGAUCUACACCAGACUGCACUCAUUAGACCAUGUCACAAAGAUCACAUGUUCCACUGCUGAUGAACAAACUGAAGGAGUAGUGUUGCUGAACCAAGAAAGAAGAUCAUUCAUGACUGCACAAGCUACAAAACGAUUUCUGUCAGCCAACCUCUGAGCCCCCCUCCUCCUGCCGCAUUCCUCACUCCGCUUUCCUCGUAAAUCCCACAGCAGUCCCAGUAGGGCUGUAACACGGGGAAAAGCCUUUCUCCACCAGUCAUGGCUGUCUGUGGUCAAGCGCUGCAGUGACACAAGAGAGCCCCAGACCGUCUGUCAUUCUGUCUGCAGCCACACACUACACCCAUCACCGGCCGUCUGACCACACCACAGCUGUGAUACAAUCUCGAGUUCUCUGUGUGGUGCCUGUCUGCCUGUUCUGAUGGACAGAGGGAGGCAGAGGAGACAUAAAGGGAUGGGGACAGAGGAGGAGAAAGCGCAGUGGGCUUCUGUCACUUCCCUCGUAGUAUAAGAAUACAGGCAUCUGUACAACCACUGCCCAGGCCCAGAGUGGAACAUUAUGUGCAGAGGCUGCUGCGAGUAUGAUGUCAUCCGCUGUAAAUGCCCCCUGCAGGGGACUCCGGUGGGCUACGCCGUGCCCUGCUGCCGCAAUGCCAUCAAUGAGUGUGAUCCCUGCAUCAUCCACCCAGGUUGCAGUAUAUUUGAGAACUGUAAGCGCUGUAACAACGGAACAUGGGGCCCCAGAGAUGACUUCUUCAUUAAUGGCAAAUACUGUGCUGAGUGUCGGCCUGGUUGGUCUGGUGGGGACUGCAUGAAGUGCGGGGGAGUUAUCCAUAAACGACAGGGCCACUUGGUGCUGGAGAGUUACCCCAACAAUGCUCGGUGUGAGUGGACCAUCCAGGUGGACCGUCCCUUUACCAUAGACCUCAGGUUCAUGAUGCUGAGUCUGGAGUUCCAUCAGUCUUGCCGCUAUGACUACGUGGAGGUUCGAGAUGGUGACAGCAUCAGCUCGCGUGUUAUCGGUCGAUUCUGUGGGAACAACCGACCUGCCCCAGUUCAGAGCUCUGGCAACAGUCUGCAUAUACUCUUUGUGUCUGAUGGUUACAAGAAUUUCGAUGGAUUCUUUGCCACUUUCCAGGAGAGCUCAGCUUGCAGCUCCUCUCCUUGCCUGCAUGAUGGGACUUGUAUCCUGGACAGUUCUUACACUUACCACUGUGCCUGUCUGGCUGGCUACACAGGCAAGAGGUGUGAAAAUGUGGUGGGGUGCCACAGGCCUCCAGUACCCACCCAUGGAUCCACAGAGGGAUUGUUUCAACACUCGGGGGCUCGCAUCACUUUCCGUUGUGACCCCGGCUUUGAGCUACGGGGAUUUCGUUCUGCCAUCUGCCUGCGUGAUGGCACAUGGAGUGCGCCUGCCCCGGAGUGUGUGCCAGUGGAAAGAGUCUGUACCUUACCACCCAAGCCAACACAUGGGGACCACUUCUUGGUUUAUGGACCCAAUGAUGUGCUCAUUGCUCUACAGUACCUGUGCUACCAGCCGUAUGAACUCAGUGGAAAUUCCCAGAGGACUUGCCUCUCUAACAACACCUGGAGUGGGACUCCUCCUGUUUGCACUCAAGUAAAUAAUACUCUCACUGAAGCAGAAAAGCCAAAAGAGACAGACACAGAUAUAUACACUGACACAGAUAUCAGCAAAACUAAAGAGAAAAGUCAAGAAACCACAGCUGGAGAAAAAGAAAGUGUUGGAGAGAAGGAUAUAAACAUUGGGCACAAGAAUACAACAGCAGUCGACAGAGAAGACAAAUAUACUGGUACAAUUCCAGAGAAAACUGCGGCUGAGGGCAGGAAUGAAGGAGAGCCAGAGGAAAGAAAUACUGGGUCAGAGAAACCCACUGGAGGCAACAAAGACAAAGUGGAUAGUAACAGCCCAGACAAUAGCCUGAAUACAGUUGAAAAGAACGAACCUGGGGUCGGAAAGUUACCUGAGAAAAAAGAAAGCAUCCCAGACACAAACGUGGAGAUAGAAAAGACAGACAUCACAGAAAUUGUUGUGAUAAAUAACAAGGGACAAGAAGGGGAGGAAAGAAAAGAGAAGCAGGUGAAUGGAAAAAGAGAUCCAGAUAAAGUCGGCCCAAAUGACACCAAGCUUGGCACGGUCAUAGUUGAGGGUGAAAACACAGUGGAGAUAUUUGAACCGGAAAUAGUGGAGAACGACACAGUAAUCUAUGAUACAAAAUACACAAAGAAAGAAAAUAAUAGCAUAGGUUUACCAGAGCUGGAGAGGAAAACCAUUCCCACCAGAGUCAACAAGACACAGUAUACCAUGUACAGAGCAGGAGGCGAGGAAAGUGGGAAGCCAAAGGAAAAACAGGAAAAAACACAUGACGAGGACAAGACAGAAAAGGAACCUGAUGAGAAAACAAAGGAGGAGUUGGAGAGGGAGAGGGAGGAGAAAGAAAAAAAAAAGGAGAAAGAAACAAACCAAAGCUUCACUGAGAAAAGCUGCCCACCUCUACCUCGCCUCUACCAUGGCUACCACCAGCAGGUGCCUGGGGUGGAGCUGGAAACAGUGGAGUUCUUCUGUAACCACUCAUAUGGUCUCAGUGGUGAUUCCCGGCGUACCUGCCAGCCAGAUGGUACCUGGAGUGGAAAACAGCCCCUCUGUGUCAGAGCAUGUCGGGAGCCCAAAGUGUCAGAGCUGGUUAGACAAAGAGUCCUGCCACCUCAGACACCAUCCAGAAAGACACCUGUGCACAAGCUGUACUCCUCCGGGUUGGGUCGACAGCUCCAGUCUGACGGCCCCACUAAAGGCCCUCCUGCGCUUUCCCAGUUGCCCCAGGGCUUCCACCACCUGUACACACAUAUCGAGUAUGAGUGUGCCUCUCAGUUCUACCAACACUCUGGCAGUUCUCGACGCACAUGCUUGAAGACUGGGAAAUGGAGUGGGCGUCAUGUGUCCUGUUCACCAGUGUGUGGGAAGCAUCCAACCUUUGACCCAGAGAGGCCGGCAGAGGCUCACUGGCCUUGGCUGGUGGCCAUCUACCGCCGCUCCACCAACGGAGCUGAGACAAAGGUGACCAAGAUAGACAGCCAGGCAGGGUCCGUGAAGGGGGACCAUGGGGCAGGAACAGGCAACCACAAUUGGGCUUCUGACUGGCAGCUGGUUUGCAGUGGGGCUCUGGUGAACCAAAGGAGCCUGGUGGUUGCAGCCCACUGUGUGACAGAACUAGGGAAGGUAUAUCCCUUGGAUGCAGCCAAGAUCAAGGUGGUGGUAGGGAAGCACUACCGUGAUGACCACAGGGACACUAAAGGUCUCCAACACUUGAGGGUGGCCUCCAUUGCUAUUCAUCCGAACUACGACCCACAUAUUCUUGACUCUGACAUAGCUGUGGUUAAAUUACUGGACAAAGCAAGGAUUGGGGAGAAGGUUGUGCCCCUCUGCCUCUCAGACAGCCUAGGAGAAGACGUGACCUCUGGACAGGGGCUUGUGACAGGUUGGUCUCCAAUGCCUGAUUCAAGUUUAGGUCCUGAUGAGAAGGCAAGGGUUGGAUUCGUUCACCUUGCUGAUGUAGUCCCUUGUGAGCACCAGUAUGCUCGCAACGGUGUGCCAGUAAGCGUCACAGACAAUAUGCUCUGUGCCAGCCAGAAGCCUGACUAUGUACCCUCUAACAUCUGUCCCUCUGACACUGGGGGAAUCCUUGUUCUACCUGCUCUCUCUGAGAACCAAGCCAGCAACAAUCAGAGGUCCUCUCCCAGGUUUACAGAGGUAAAAGGGGAGAACACAGGGCUGUGGAGACUUCUGGGAUUGGUCAGCUUUGGCUAUGACCAAGGGGAGUGUGACCCUGACCUCUAUACCGUCUAUACACAUGUAGCCAACUUCAAAGACUGGCUAGAGAGCAAUAUGAAAUAGAAAUCCUGCUGUCUGACUUCCAUAUGCUUAUAUUUAAAUUCAUAUCUUAAAUUCCUCUCCCUUACCUUACCUUUUUUAUUGGUCUCAUGCACAAGGGCAUUUUCUCACUCGUUGCAGAAGCACUGGAAACACUGGACAACACAGUGCUCUAACUGAAGGGGGUGCUAACACAUUAGAUGUGCUGGCCGUCAACCUUUCAUAAGAAGACUUCAGUAUUCAGGUCCCUCAACCUGAGGUUACAGACUUGAAAAUGACCAGAAAACCAUUUCAUGAUGGUUUGUAUUGUACUCAUUUGUAUGUAUAUAUGUUGUAAUAGACUGAAUUAUUCUAUCAUUUCAUAUGACGAAAGAGAUGUACAUAUUGUAUUGAAAGAAAAUCAUGAUGUUUUUAAUUAAAGAAAAUGUGGGUGUGG